AUGGCCGAGUGUUCGUGGAAGGUUAAAUUCUGAUCGCCGCGAAAUAUCAUCCGCGUGUGCGAAUAGAUCAUUUAAAGGCCGCGAAUAACGCGCGGGCCCAUUUUCCCAAGGGCAUGUUGUCACCUGGUAUACGCACCUUAUCCAAAAAGGACCUCGAAGCCGCGGGCAAAGAUGAGAGAGAGGCGCUAUUGGAACACGACAGUGAUCUCGAGGAGAUGUUGUUUAGCCAACCCAGCACGUCCAGUGGAAAUGAAAAUGUUGAUCACAAAAUGGAUAGCGUCAAGCUGCAGAUUCAGGAGGUGCAGGAUGUGAUGCGGGAUAAUGUCCAAAAAGUAAUGGAUCGCGGCGAGAGGCUGGAGGAUUUACAGGAGGCGAGCGAUCGUUUGAACAUGGCCGGAAAUGAGUUUAGAGAAACCGCAAAGAGAGCGCAACGGAGAGCGUGGCUGCAGAACGUGAAAUCGAGGUUCAUUAUUAUCAGCAUCACCGUGACCAUCGUACUUUUCAUUGUUGGUAAGAAAUCUCACUGCGCAUUUAUAUAAGACUUGAUAACAGCACGAUAAAACAGAACAAGUUAUGUAAUGUCCUACGUCUUAUCUUUUCUCAUACUUCUAAAGCUUCUUGUACUUCGCAAUUUGCACAUUGUUUUGCUCAUUCAUGUUUUGCCCUUUGGUUUUUCUUUUCUUCAUGACAUUUGUUAGCAUAAGAUAGUACAAUAUAAAUGUUAAUGAUUACUAAUUAGAAUAACUGAU